ACCUUGACUUGAACUUGAAAGUAAAAAAAAUGUACAACAGACAGCCCUGCCUCAUACAGUAGAAGGAGCUGACUUGGACUUGAUUCGUCUCAGAUUUGACUUGACUUGUUUUGUCUCGAGUUACUUGAAACUUUGCGGAGAGUCAUCUUGAAUCAACCUAAAUUUGACUUGGAGUUGUUUUGAAGGACAUGAGACUUGACCUAGACUCCUCUAGAAGGACUUGCCUCAGUUUCUUGUGAAGGAUCUGACAUUUACUCUGGACUCGUCUAAAAUGACUUGAAACUUGACUUGGACUUGGCCCACAGACUUAAAGACAGCUCUGUUACAUAUUGCUCAACAGGUAAAUUCAAAGAAAUCCUAUUAUCAUAAAAACUGUAGAGUUUCAGUGGUGACUAUUCACCCCCUAAUUUAUUGGGGAAACAAGGAAAAUGGAAUUUCCCUUUAUGGGUCAAACUGGAAAGACCAGGUCCCCCUUUAUUUGUGGCUGUAGACGUCCAACCAGCUGCCAACCAACUCCCACCCUCUCUGAGCAGUUAAUAAACCAGUCUAACAGAUUUCCAGAAACUACAUUUAAAUGUUAACUGAUUGACAGCAUUCCUGACUGUGUGAUUAGGAUGGAGAGACGGGCUGCACGAGCAGGUCCAUGUGUCCAUGUCAUGUUAAUAAACCCCUUUUUGCCAGAUUCAAAUGACACACAGUCUGACGUCUGAAAAAGUGAUAGCAAACGUGUUUUAAUGCUCCACUGCUCUGCAAUUAGUGCAACGACGUCUGUCUGUAGACCUUUGCCUCUUACUUGUCCAGUUAAAAACCCAAAAGACCAGAGGGAGGCUUAGCCAACUCUUCACACUGGCAAGGCUGCAGACUCUUUGACACUGUGAUAGAAACUGGUCUGAGUUUUUGCAGGUGUGUAGAGAAAAGAAAUCUCUGCGACCAUGACCACGUUUGACGACAUCUUGGAAGAAGCUGGGAAGUUCGGUCGGUGUCAGAAACGAAUCUUCGCCCUGCUGUGCAUGGUGUCCAUGCCCUGGGCCGGCGUGUACGUCGGCAUCGUCUUCCAGGGUUUCACCCCGGAUCACUGGUGUCGGGACUCUGGGGUGGUGCAGCGGAGGGAGGCGUGCGGCUGGAGCCUGGCGGAGAGUCGCAGGCUGACGGUGCCUCUGGUCAACAGCUCUGGAGUCCUGCUGCCGAGCACCUGUGAGCAGUAUGAGGUGGACUGGAACAGCACGACGUUCACCUGUGAUGCACGGGAACUAAAAUUCAACGAAACCCCAAUAACUGCCUGCAAAGACGGCUGGGAGUAUGACUACGAGGGAAGACAGUCCUUUGUUACUGAGUUUGACCUGGUGUGUGCCGACGGAUGGCUGGUGGACAUGUACCAGGCCACUCUCAACGUGGGUUUCCUAGUUGGGAGCAUUGCUAUCGGCUACCUGGCAGACAGGUUCGGCAGGAAAAUGAGCUUCCUGAUGUCCAACCUGUUGAAUGGAAUCGCAGGGAUCCUGGUGGCCGUGGCUCCGAACUAUGUGUCUUUACUGGUUUUCAGAACGCUUUAUGGGUUUGGAGUGAAAGGGGGCUGGGUGGCUGGAUAUGUGCUGAUCACAGAGAUCGUGGGAGUAGAGUUCAGACGUACGGUAGGAGUCAUUUACCAGAUGUUCUUCAGCGUCGGCAUCCUCCUCCUCCCUCUGCUCGCCUACUUCAUCACAGACUGGCGCUGGCUGCAGGUUGUCAUCACUAUCCCCUACAUCGUCUUCCUGUCCUACUACUGGUUCAUCCCUGAAUCACCAAGAUGGCUCCUCUCUCAGAACAAAAAGACCAAAGCUGUAAAGAUCACCGAGGACAUGGCCAAAGAAAACAAGAUGACUCUGUCCAAAAACAUCGAGACUCUGAGAGACGAUAAUGCUGACUCCACCACUGCCUCCUUCAUGGACCUGAUCAGAACUCCAAAAAUGAGAAAACACACUUUCAUCCUCAGCUACAACUGGUUCACCAGUGCUGUGGUCUAUCAGGGUUUGAUCAUGAGGCUGGGGAUUCUGGGAGGAAAUGUCUACGUCGACUUCCUCAUCGCUGGUCCUGUUGGAGUUCCCUGCGCCUUUCUCAUCCUCUUCACCAUUGAACGCAUCGGCCGGCGUCUUCCUUUCGCCACCGCCAACAUCGUCGCUGGAGCUUCCUGCUUCAUCACAGCCUUCAUCCCUGAGAGUAUGUUCUGGUUUAAGACGGUGGUGGCCUGCAUUGGGCGGCUGGGUAUCACCAUGGCCUUUGAGAUGGUGGUGUUUGUGAACACUGAGCUCUACCCAACGUUUGUCAGGAACCUGGGAGUGUCAGUUUGUUCGACUCUGUGUGACGUUGGAGGCAUCGUAGCUCCAUUCCUGCUCUACAGACUGGCCGUCAUCUGGCUGGAGCUGCCACUCAUCAUCUUUGGGUCUCUGGCUUUCCUGGCUGGUGGUUUGGUGCUGCUGCUCCCUGAGACCAGAGGCGUGCCGCUGCCUGACACCAUCGACGACAUCGAGUUCCCCGACAGAGUGAAGGAGAAAGUUGCCCUGCAGAAGCAGCAGCUGGCUAACUUGUUGCCCAACAACGACGUUUCAACCAACAAAGAUCCAGCAACUGUCUAAUGUCUUUCUGAAAGGAGUAUUUAUUUAUGUUGUUUAACAGUGAAUGAAUCUGCUGUUGUUUCCUUGUUAAGCCACUGUGAUGAGUGUUGAGUGAGAUAUUGAAAUGUGUGUAUUUUUAUUAAUAACAAUGGACUUGAGAGUGGUGACAGAACUCAUGUGUGACAAGGACUUAGAAUAAGAAUUGUUUUAGAACUAUAUUAUUAAAUUAUUAAAGAAUUUUCUUUUAACACAA